AUGUGGUACGAAACAGCCUCCCCCCUCUUCCCCCCCGAAUCCGUCCCCCAGUUGUGCCCUGAGCUGCUCUUUGUGGUCACUGUGCGCGGCGUCUCUCAAAUGGGGAGGGACGGUGUCUUCAGGACACAGAGAAUUCCCCCUGAUGCGCUCUGUGGCAUUUUCGGCUACGUUAACUAUCUGGUGGAAAAAGACCGGAAGUUUAUUAUUGAGACCCUGAUCAAUGGUCUCCUCCGUCUCGAGUAUCGUGGCUAUGACUCUGCCGGUCUUGCUGUCGAUGGCGACAAGAAGAAUGAGGUCUUCGCCUUCAAGGAGGUCGGCAAGGUCGCGAAGCUGAAGCAACUCAUCGAUGAGGCCCAGCUUGACCUUACCAAGACCUUCGACUCCCACUGCGGCAUUGCGCACACCCGCUGGGCGACUCACGGCCCUCCAUCCCGGCUCAACUGCCACCCCCACCGCUCCGACCCUAGCUGGGAGUUCUCAGUCGUCCACAAUGGCAUCAUCACCAACUACAAGGAGCUGAAGACCUUGCUUGAGAGCAAGGGGUUCAAGUUCGAGACCGACACGGAUACCGAGUGCAUCGCCAAGCUGGCUAAAUACAUCUAUGAUCAGCACCCGAAUGUGGGCUUCACCGAUCUGGCCAAGGCCGUUAUCAGCGAGCUUGAGGGCGCCUAUGGUCUCCUUAUCAAGAGCGUGCACUAUCCUCAUGAAGUGAUUGCCGCUCGCAAGGGUUCACCCCUGGUCAUUGGUGUGAAGACCUCGAAGCGCAUGAAGGUUGACUUCGUCGAUGUCGAAUAUUCGGAUGAGAACACCGCACUUCCCGCCGAGACGGCAUCGCAGAAUGUGGCUCUGAAGAAGUCGUCGGGCUCUGGCAGCCUUCUCGCUCCCAAUGGCCUGCUGGCCGCUGCUGACAAGUCUCUGCUCCACCGCUCGCAGUCCCGCGCCUUUAUGACAGACGAUGGACAGCCCAUGCCCACCGAGUUCUUCCUGUCUUCCGACCCGUCGGCCAUUGUGGAGCACACAAAGAAGGUUAUGUACCUUGAAGAUGACGACAUCGCCCACAUUCACGAGGGCCAGCUCAACAUCCACCGGCUCAAGAAGGCUGAUGGUAGCAGUAAUGUGCGCGCCAUCCAGACACUCGAGCUUGAGCUGCAGGAGAUUAUGAAGGGCAAGUUCGAUCACUUCAUGCAGAAGGAGAUUUUCGAGCAGCCCGAGUCUGUUAUCAACACGAUGCGUGGCCGUCUCGAUAUCGCCAACAAGACAGUGACCCUUGGUGGUCUGAGGAAUUAUAUCAGCACUAUUCGCCGCUGCCGCCGCAUCAUCUUCAUUGCUUGCGGUACGUCGUAUCACAGCUGCAUGGCCGUUCGUGGCAUCUUCGAGGAGCUUGUCGAGAUACCGAUUUCUGUGGAGCUUGCGUCCGACUUUCUGGACCGCCAAGCCCCUGUCUUCAGAGACGACACGUGCGUCUUCGUGUCUCAGUCCGGUGAGACCGCUGAUUCGCUCAUGGCACUCAGAUACUGCCUGGAGCGCGGUGCUCUAACCGUCGGUAUCGUGAAUGUGGUGGGCUCUAGCAUCUCUCUGCUCACUCACUGCGGUGUCCACGUCAACGCCGGUCCCGAGAUUGGCGUUGCCUCGACGAAGGCGUAUACCUCUCAGUUCAUUGCCAUGGUCAUGUUCGCGCUGUCGCUCAGUGAGGAUCGUGCUUCGAAGCAAAAGCGGCGUGAGGAGAUCAUGGAGGGCCUGAGCAAGAUCAGCGACCAGAUCAAGGCUGUUCUGGAACAGGACCAGAAAAUCAAGGAGUUGUGCGAGAAGAAGUUCAAAGGUCAGAAGAGCAUUCUCCUCCUUGGCCGCGGCAGCCAACACGCCACGGCGCUUGAAGGUGCCCUGAAAAUCAAGGAAAUUAGCUAUCUCCACUGCGAAGCCGUCAUGAGUGGUGAGCUCAAGCAUGGUGUGCUCGCUCUUGUCGACGAGAACUUGCCCAUCAUCAUGAUUUUGACGAGGGACAACCUCUUCAAGAAGAGCCUGAAUGCUUACCAACAAGUCAUCGCUCGCGGCGGCAAGCCUAUUGUUAUUUGCAACGAGGGCGACGAGGAGUUCAAGUCCAGCCAGGCUGAGAAGAUUGAGAUUCCCAAGACGGUGGACUGCCUGCAAGGCAUCUUGAACGUCAUUCCUCUGCAGCUCAUCGCUUACUGGCUCGCCGUCAUGGAAGGUCUUAAUGUGGACUUCCCGCGCAACCUGGCCAAGUCGGUGACUGUUGAAUGA